UUCCUUGAUGUCAUUGGGAGGGACGCGUCAGCUCUCGGCUCGUUGAACAGAUGAUUGUGUGGGAUGUCAUGUCUCUGGUCGCGCUCCCUUCCACUUUACCAAGGGGCUAGAAAUCGACCUGAGGGAAAUCUGACAGCAACGAGCAGGUGGGGAGGUAGCCCGUAUGCUAGCUCCUGCACUUACGGAAGGUCUGCCCGCGCCUUCUCAGACUGUUGUCUGCUUCCUUUUGCUCCACACCUGCUCUAGCCGCCUGUUUUUAUCCCUUUUCAGCCGCUCCCCCCCCCCCCCCAUUAUGUAUGAUCGGGCUCCUCGCUUGCUCAGACUGGCUGAAGGUGGCAGCACUGAGGAUCAUGUGGGGCCUGGAUCCUACCAGGUACCUUUCGUGAAGCAGCAGGCCGCAGGUAGCUAUGCCCCAUUCCUUUCUUCAGCUGCCAGAGAAAGUACUUUUACUGUUGCCUCUAAUACUGAGAAAGCUGUUCCAGGUCCAGGACACUAUAAUGUUUCAGAAGCACAGUAUAAUAUAAAAGGAGGCCAUAGUCUACAAAAUCGAGAGAAACGUUUUAAGAGGAUUAUUUCAGAUGGUCCAGGACCAGCAAGCUAUGAUCGGUGUUCUCCUGGAACAUUAGAUAUCAUGAACGGAAAAGCACUAGAGGCUAAAGAGCGUCUUCACUUAAAAAUUUCAAGGGUACCUACAGUUUCCAGAAGUAUUUAUGUUCCGUCAAUUCCUUCUUGUGGAUGGUCAUAUGGUUAUCAUAUUAAUGAGGAUGACAGUAUUAUAAGACAUUUUCCACCUGCUAGUGACAACACACUAGGUCCAGCCUACUAUAAACCUCAGUUUGAUUUUUCCAAUGCAACUUUGAAAUAUAAGGGGAUACAUUUUGGCAGCUCUUUGGGAAGACUACAGUUACCUAUAAAGUCAGGGCCUGGUCCUGGGCAGUAUGAUGUAGUCCAGAAAAAGACACCACAUUAUGAAAAUAUUAACAUCAAGAAAGAUCAACAGCAAAAUUAUUGCUUAUAUCUUCCGCGAUUUUAUGAAGUAAUAAUAUUGCAGGAGGGAAAAAAGGGAGUACCAGGGCCUGGAAAAUAUGACAUUAAAAGUCAAUUUCAGAAGACUGAAAGUAUGACAUCAAGUGUAAAUGAUGCAUCACCUGCUUUUCUUUCUCAAUCCCCGAGAUUUGUACCUAUCAAAUCAAUCACACCAGCUCCUGGCACAUACAAUGAAUCUCGAACUGCUUUCAAGUCCUUAAAGACAACACCAGGACUGAAAAAUACCCCAUUUGGUCAAAGUGCUGCUCGAUUCACACAGAACUCUAGGACAGAAGAAAUGCCAGGUCCUGGGUUUUAUAAUAUCCUAAACAAUACUAUAAUUGACAACUUUAGCAAUACCUGCUUGAAGAAACAAAAGCAAGGUGCAUUUGGUUCUUCUGUUCCUCGGACUUUCUUCCUGGUUCAGAAAGAAGCUUUUACUACUCCUGGGCCUGCUGAUUAUCAGGUCGGUGGAAUUUCUGAUGAACCACCUAACUUGACUAACCGAUCUGCUGCUUUCUUGUCAAGAACAGAAAGAACUACUAAACUAUCAGAUAUGGGCAUUCCGGCACCAGGCAGCUAUGAUGUUCAAAAAUCAUACGAGAUGUCUCAAGUUCAACAUAAAUACAUGCCGCCUCGUAGUCUUGUGGCUAAAAUAAAACAUGCCUCCUUUCUUAGCACAACUCCUCGGUGCCUGGACAAAAUGACUGAUGGGCCAGGUCUUUAGGUCAAGAGGAGCAGUAUUCAAAGAGCUGUACCAGAAGAACCACAACAGAGGAAUCUCAUCCACAUCUGAAUCAGAACUGGAUGACAGGAUCCUGGACUUUGAGUUAAUGCCAUAAUGGGAUGCAAUUCGGAAUCUUCAGAGGGGUUGCUUGUAUUUUGCAUGUGGGAGAGAUGUGAUAUGUUGUGGCCAGAGAGUAGACUGUGGCAGAUUGUGUUUUUCAAAGUUAUUUGCCACAAUAUAUCCCAUCCUAUAUGUUCUUCACACAAUGCAGUGUUGACACUGCUCUCAUCAAGUAUUGGAGUUUAUUUCCAGUUCCCUGGUGGACUUUUGGUAUUGCCUCAACCAAUGCAGUAUGGCAAAAGAGUUGCUACAUGACUUCUGAGGCUAGAUCUUAAAAAUUUCAUGCACUUCGAGGUGGUCCUCUCAGAGUGCCCAUUCUUGAACCUAGCCACCAUGCUGUGCAAAAGCCAAGCAUCCAGGGAGAGACCUAUGAAGAGAAAGUGAAGCCCCCAGUCUUUGGUCCUAGCGGAGCUCCCAGCCAACAGCCGGCCACGUACGUGAGUGGAAGUAGAAGUGGAGCCUCCAGCUUCCAGUCAAGCUGCCCCAGCUGACACCCUAUAGAGCUGAGAUGAGCCUUUCCCUCUGAGUCAUGCACAAAGUGCAGAUUUAUGAACAAAAUAAAUGAUUAUUGUUGUUUUAAGCCACUAGUUUUUUGGGAGUAGUUCUUUAUGCAGCAAUAGAUAACCAGAACAAAUUCUAAGCAUAGAAAGGAGACAAGGGAAUGCAGGUGAAGUCGGUUCGAAGUAAAAAUAUGGAAUAACUGGGCUAGUGGGCAAAACAAGGCUGCAGUAUAGGUUCUUAAAGGUGAUGUGGUCAAAGAACAGGAAGUUGAUAGUCUAUGUAAUUAUUAAGUUGAAGAUGUAGCCAUGGCUACAAUUGAAGUGGAAUGAAGAUUAAGGUUAAGUCCAGGAUUAGAAGGGCUAUUAACAAUAACUAUCUAAGAAAUAUUUGAUAGGGUGGUACAAAAAUGAUCCAUGUCCUGGAGGCCAACCUGGUGGUACAGUGCUUAAGAUCGUGUGCUCUCCUUAGGUGGCCCGGAUCUCAGGUGUGGACCCACACACUGCUCAUCAAGUCAUGCUGUGGCGGCGUCCCAUAUAUAUAAAAAAAAAAAAACAGAGGAAGAUUGGCACAGAUGUUAGCUCAGGGCCAAUCUUCCUCACCAAAAAAGUAAAUUAAAAAAUUAAAAAAUGAUCCAUGUCCUGAAAUCAUCUAAGAAGAUGGGAGAGAAUAUUAGAGUUGGGUAUAUAAUAGCCACAAAGAGGAAAAGAGCUUAUUUUACAUAAAUUAAUGAUUAAAAUAGACAUGUGUUAUAUUUAAAUAGGAGUUUUAAGUUUUCAGAGUAUUUCACAUACAUUACUGGAUCAUCACAACUAGCUUAUGAGUUAACUAUUUACUGUCCUUAUAAGGGAGAAAACUGAAGGUCAGGUAAAUAAAGAAAAGAAAAGUUGCUCAUAUUCACACAGAUAGAAAAUAGUAUAAACAGUAAUAAGACUUAAAUGGUUCAUUUGUUUGUUCAUUCAUUCUUUAGAAAAUGCUUUCUGAGCACAUAGUAUGUGCCAGUCACUGUGCUAAGAAUAAAGGAAUACUCCUCAAUCCUUGUCCUCAAGUCUCUCAUAUCUACAAGGGAGAAAAAUAUCCACAGAUAAUUAUAAUAAAGGUCAAUUAUUAGUGUCCCCCAUAUCACAGUUAAAAAUUACGUAUAAAUUUAAUGGCAAAUGGAUGAGCAGCUCUUUUUAAAAUUUCUUUUAUUGAAAUAUUUUUAACAUAUAACAUUGUGUAGGUUUAAGAUGUACAACAUGUUGAUUUGAUACUUUUAUAUAUUGCAAUAUGAUUGCCAUUGUAGCAUUAGCUAGCACCCCUAUCAUGUCACAUAAUCAUCAUUUCUUUUUUUCUGGUGGGAAUA